AUGCACCCGCCCACGCACCCCUCCUCCUCCACCCACGCCAUCAUGAUCAAGUCCAUCUUCUACUCUCACUUCCACCCCGGCAAAGGGCCCCAAGUCGUCUACCAAGUGCCCGACGGCUCCAUCACGCCCUCCCCCUCCCCCGCCUGCUCCUCCUCCUCGCCGCCACUGUUCGACUUCGACACCACCAGCCCGCACAUCAUCCCCAAGCAGGAGCUGUGCGACCGGCUGGUGACGGUGUGCACGGGCGCCUACCGCAUCCUGGGGUACCCCGUGUGUCUGCCGGACCGCAAGUACGCGCGCAACGAGUUCAUCUUCAACUUUGCGAUCGUGGUGGAGGCCGAGGUGGAGUACAGCACGUACAAGAGCGUGGUGCGCAAGGUGGCGAAGCUGUUCAAGGCGCUCGAGGAGCAGAGUGGGUUCUUGAGUAAUGAGGUGACGAGGGCGGGCGUGUAUGCGCUGAUUGAGCAGGUCAUGGAGGAUCUGAAUAAUUAUUCGGAGUGCAUGAUUCCUAUCAACGAAAGCAACACCCUCAACCUCAAGCUCUUCCCCACGUACGCACCCCCGCCGCCCGUGCGCCCCUACCACGUCCCCCUGCUCACCGUGCAGCUCGACCAGCUCAUGGACGUCAACUGGGACCUGACCAUGCAGCGCAUCGUCCCCUACAUCGACGGCAUCAACAGCGCCAAGCGCAUCGCCGACCUCUCCGACAGCGACUACACGCUCACGCGCAAGUGCAUCGAGCACCUGCUCUACUACGGCUGCCUCGUCAUGGUGGACGUCUUCCAGUUCGGCGCCAUCUACGCCUGCACCGCCGAGAUCAGCAGCCUCGUCGCCGACGUCGCCGCCCAGGAGGAGUGCGCCGCCUAUGUCAGCACCAGCGGCACCCGCGUCCCCUUUCCACGGCUGCUGGAGAUGUAUACGAGUCUGAGCCAGGGCGUGGUGCUGAGGAAGUGGUGUGUCGAGAAUGCGGGGAGGUUGGGCGGCGUGGAUGUCAGGAGGUUUGUGUCGUUUGGGGUGGUGAAGGGGUUUUUGUAUAGGAGUCAUAGAUGGCCUGUCGUGGUGGAUGGGGAGAAGAGGGCGGGUGCGCUGUGGAGGUGGGUGGAUGGGGGGCAUUGUGUGGAUGAGAUUUGUACGGAGUUGGGGAUGGGGGAGAGGGAGGUGUUGGGGCUGUUGGAGGGGUUGGAUGUGGUGAUUGUGAAUCGGUGA